UUCCUAUUGAAAGCGCUCAAUAUGUACAGAGGGGAGAUAUUUGCGUACCCCCUCUUUCUGCAAAAAGAGUUGAUGCUGGUCAAGCCUCAAUUUUUUGCAAUGGACGUGGCUUGCAAAUAUUGGCCCUACCUAGAAAAGGCUGCCAGUGUCAUUCCUGACCUCCAGGAGCUGACAAAAAUGAAGCCCUUCCUCAGUGUUAUGCACGCCAGAGCACAUACGACAAAGUGUGAGAUCAAAUGGAGUGGUAGGAAUCUCGAAGGAGCAGGAAUAACAGCUGGUGAGGAGGUCGAACAAGUCAACAGCUACCUGUCUCGUUGUGCCCUGACAACAAAAUAUAUGUCAAAAGCAGCACGUGUGGACAUGCUUACACUGCAUGCAUUGGGGUGGAACAACAAAAAAAGGGCCUCUCUCCACAAAACACUUUCCACCAGAUAUGUUAAGACAUGUCAAAGACUUGUGGACGAGACUGCAAGGCUAGCUGAGCUGAAAACCGAGCUAGAUUGUGCAGAUGAAGUGGUUCCCCAGUGGAUCACAGAGGUGAUUCAAUGGGCAGCUGGUGAGACACCAAACACAUCUGAAGACAGCACACAGAUUGAACUUCAGCAAUCCAUUGUGGGACUCUACCUUGGUGUCAGACAACGAAAGCAAACCCUCUACCGUCAGAAUGACAGCAGCAAGCUUCGCCACCGUCUUCGUAGGAAGCUGGGGGAGGACAAAAAACGUCUUUUUCAGCAGAUACAGAGCUAUAAUGCUCUAGUGCCAGACUCUGCUAUUGAUGUGGCUGUUGUGGAGGAUUCAUUUACUGGAGAUGUGACUGUGUCUCCUGUGUGGCCGUGGGAGGUUCAUGGCAGUGCAAACAUCACAGUCAAGAAGAGACUGUACGACCAGACGAUGCUAACAAUGCGACUACAAGAGGAGAAGAGCAUUGUAGUUUUGGAGAUGGCGCAGCAUUGCACAUGGUUGCAGAGGCAGGCAGAGGACAUUCAAAACAAGUUGGCCGAGAAUGAACAGGUCAACGAAGGAAUUUCCUGUCUCUUAAGAAGACAACUGUCCGAAGUGUCCGAGCAGCUGCAAGUGGUCUUCCUUGAAUACAAGACUGCUUUAGGUCCGGAGGCCUCUGUUCACCUACAAAUUGAAGAGGAGGAUCAUAGUGCCCUCAGCAGUCCAGACAGCAGUGAAGACGAAGAGGAUAUUACAAUUUAGGUCAUGUGCUCAUUUAUGCACUGUAUCUCUCAUUCAUCCAGGUCAUGUUAUGUCCAAGGGUUUAAAUUGAGAAAAACUGAACUCAAGAACUUUUUGUUGAAGACAUUGCGCCACUUCACCAAGUGCCUUCUUCAGUUCCUCCCUUUGUACUGUAUGCUAUUUUUUGUACAUGUUCCUGUAACUUUCCAGAAGGAUAAUUUAUCUAUUCUACUCUGUGUUCAUGAAAACUUGUUUAUUCUAGACAUAAUUUUCUCUUAACAAUUUUUUUUUUCUCAGAUUACUGUAUGAUAGACUGUGACUGUGCAAAGAUGUGGACUUGUAUUAUUAUGUAUUAUAUAAGAUUUAACUUACCCAUUUACACAAUGCUUGAACAUUACUUAUGAUAUGAUAUGAUAGAUGUAUAUACAUAUAUACUAACCUUAGGUGCACUGUUAAGAAACAUGGCCUCGUUGGACAAGUAUGCAUUUGCAAUAAUAUACCAUCAUAAUCAUCUCAAUAGUCAAAUACUGCAACAAAUAAAGAUAUUU